GCAAUAUUGUGAUUUUGGUAUGUCGUUUUGUGAUGUGUUUACUUGGCAUAUUUUAUCGCUUUCCACUGAAAUCCACACCGCGUCGCACUGCCAGAAUAGUUUUUAGAAAUAUACUAGUUUAGUUGAUAAACUGAAAUUUUAAAUCGGAACCGCAUAAGUAUGUGGCGCGCGUAACGGAUGCAUCGUUUCCUACAUUCUUGUGCCAUAAAUGUAUAACGUAACGUUUGUUUCGUGAUGUUAUUGCGAAUUGGGGCCGGGUAAAGUUGGAAGAUGCCUUUCAAGCUGAAGUUGAAAAAGACGCGGCAGUACAAUGUUGCAUCGAAGAGUCUUUUUGUAAUAAGCGUCGAGCUGUUGGACGGCGGUGUCGCAGACUGCACGUUGUCUGUGGACAGCACGGGGCAGGAGUGUCUCGACAACGUGUGUCAGCGACAGGCUAUAAACCAGCCAGAGUUCUUCGGUCUCCGAUAUAUAAACCGAAGUCAACAACCGCGAUGGGUGCAGUUGGAUCGACCGUUGAAGCUCCAAUUGGACAAGUUCGCUUCAUCCCACCAGCUAUAUCUGCGUGUUAUGUAUUACGUGAUAUCUGGCACGAGUUUGAUCACGGAUGAAGUUACCCGUUACCACUACUUUCUUCAGUUAAAAAAUGACUUAGUCGAGGGUCGUAUUAUCUGUGAUUGUCAACAAGCAGUGGUGCUCGCGUCGUACAGCCGACAGGCUGAAUAUGGCAAUCACGACAGGGAACGUCACACCGUAGAGUACUUAAAAAAUCUGCUAACAUUUCCAAAACAAAUGCUGGAUGGAGGUCAAAUAAUUGAUGGCAGUACACUGGCGGAAACCGGGAGGCUGGAGUGGCUCACUGCUGCUGUGAUUCAACAUCACAUGUCUUUACACAACAUGUCACAGGCUCAAGCCGAAGAAGGUUUCAUCAUGACAUGUCAGCAGUUACGCGGCUACGGGCAGGAGAUGUUCAUGGCGCGAGAUAAACGGGACCAGAGCGAAGUUACUAUUGCUAUCUCGCUCACUGGUAUCAGAGUACUGACUGAUACAAGUGACACGCCUCACUUUUACAGGUGGAUGGACAUCACAAAUGUGAUCAAUCACAAGCGCACCUUCAGCAUCGAAUGUCAGAAGCAAGGAGAAUCUGUGACCUUCACGCUACCGAGCCCUGAAGAUGGGAAGUACGUGUGGCGGAUGUGCGUCCAUCAGCACACCUUCUAUAUGAAGCACCAGGAAGCUCUCAGCGUUUCAAUCGAUGAACAUCGGCCGAAGUUCCAAGAGCAUGGUCUAUCAGAAAGCCGCGAAGAGCUGGACGUUCGAGAGGUAGGCAGCACGUCUCGCUUGGAGCCUCUAACAGCGGCUCAUCGAGCACAUUCAACCUCCUGCCUGGAACUGGCAGAUCAUCGUCCGCAGCCCAGAAACAGAGCACUUCUUCCAUCCUAUCGCCCAGCACCUGAUUAUGAAACUGCAAUCCAACAAAAAUAUCAGCAACAAAGAGCAGAAGCCCAACUUCGAUAUCAGAAUCAUCACGCACAUUCCCAACUCCUAAACACAAAUGCACAGCCCUUGGUGUAUGGCUCUCACCCCGAUAUCCACAGGGUUCACUACCCUGAUGUCACCAGACACACGGUUUCCGUCAACCAAGGGGUUGCAGCCACAGACGACUAUGCUUACGGCCUUAAGUUUGUGGGAAACUACCCCAUGGCUGUCAACCCCAACGUACAAACCGAUCAUGCAAUGCACUAUGUGAAUGUAUAUAAGCCACCACCGCCAUACCCGUCCAACGGCCUAGCGUCUAAUUCGACUCCAGAUCUAGCCGUAGCCAGUCAGGCCCUGAAUUAUCACAGGGGCUACAUCAACUCCCAUGUCUCCGGAUCUAGUCCCGAUCUAGUUUCAACGCGAACAGCUUUAAAUAGACAAUACCUAGGAUACGUCAACCCCGCAGGCCACAACGUAGUCAACUAUGGUCGGCCGAAUAUCCUCCCUGCUACUCACGGUACCUACAACAAUCUCACAUCCGUCCUGGAACCUAACCCUCAUAUCAUUAUCGAUCCCCAUCACAUAUCGGACAACAUACAGAAGGUCUACGACGAGAGAGGAAACAUAAUGUACUCGAUGCCGAUGAGACGAAUAUCCUACCAGAGGCACCUGGUGCUGCCUCAGCAAAUGAAACACAGCGAGGCUCAGGAGCCUAUAUACGAAAACGUGCCAUUACCCUGGCAGAACGAACACGGGAAGCUGACGAUGAGAGAGCGCGCUCAGAGUCUGACGACCACCGACGAGAUCGCUCGACUCAACGAGCGAAACGGCAGUCAUCCCGCGAUAAACAACAACGGAAACGUCACGCCCAACAUCAACGUGACCCACUACGUCACUAGAAUAGAUAACGACAGUCACUACGUCAACGCGCAGAUCAUAAAAGGCGUCCGGGAAUCGAGCGUGCCCAGGGAGACGACACUAUCGACCAGGUCGAUACCCGAGACGGACUCGAUGCAGAACGUUUCCCACGAGUUGGAGAGGGUGUCGUUGAAAGACGACAAGGAUUACGACGAGACUCCCUACCAGAGCCUGUCGACGCACAAGCUGUCCAACAACAAUACGAUCAGCAAGUCGGUGGACAACGUGACGUCGAUAAGCGUACCCGACAUGCGGGCGGGAGACACGUCGGCUGACAGUGCUCUAUCGAGUUCCAUCGUGAACUCGACCUACAGCACUAGCAUCGAACUGGAGGGCAGCAAGACGAACAUCACCAAGGAGAAGAAGAGAAGGCGGUGGGGCAUGUUCAUGGGGAGGGGGAACAAGACGGUAGAAGUGAAGAGUGCGACGCUCGGGAGGGACCGCGCGAAGGCGGGCCAGCCGGCCAACAAACACAGGUGGUCCACCGGCCUCCCCAAGUUCCAGCCUCUACCUCCAAGUAUUACCAAAGAAACUUUGUGCCAAUUAUUAGAACGCAAAAUGUCGGACGAGCAGCUCGCAUUCGCCUUCGAGCAAAUACCCAAGGGGCGCGAGGGGGACGCGGAGUACCGCACCGCGCUGCUGCCGCAGUACGCCGCCCUCAACGGGUUCAGCGUCGACAACAUCCCCUACGAGGACAACCGGGUGCGGCUGCAGCCCACGCCCAGCAAUCCCCACGGGUACAUCAACGCCUCCCAUGUCACCAUGACAGUGGGCAGCUCGCAGCGGUUCUACGUGACGGUGCAGGCGAGCGGCGCGGAGCAGGCGGCGGCCGUGUGGGAGUGCGCGUGGCAGGUGGGCGCGCGCGUGCUGGCGCUGGCGGCCGCCGACCCGCCGCGCUACCUGCCCGCCGACGGCCGCCCCGCCGACUACGGCCAGUUCCAGGUGUCCUGCGGCCGCUGCUCGCGCGCGCCCUGGGGCGGCUCCGUGCGCGUGCGCGUGCGCCGCGCCACCCGCACGCGCACGCUGUGGCACGUGCACUACAGCGCCUGGCCGGCGCACGCGCACGCGCCUGCCGACCUCGGGGGAUUCCUGGACUUCCUGUCGGAGGUGAACGGCCUGGGCGAGGCGGAGGCGGCGGCGGGCGGCGCGCUGGCGGCGGCGCCGCUGGCGCUGUGCGGGCCGCGCGCCGGGCCCGCGCUCGCCGCGCACCUGCUGCUGCACGUGCUCGACACCAACCAGGAACUGGACAUUCCUCGAACGAUCGGCCUCCUCCACCAGCAGAGAGCGAACCUGAUAGAGAACGUCCACCAGUACAAGUUCCUCCACCAGAUCCUGCUCCAGUACUUGAAACGGUCGCGCCUCAUAUGAGGGCACCGUGAGUCACGACUCAAAACACACUAGAUCUUAUUACGAGUAAAUCGAUACGAAGUGCCUUUAUAAAGUAUUACGUGAACUUUAUUUACACCGGAAAUAGUUUAGACUUUUAUGUGAACAUGGUGCCGAGGCCUGCCUGUAAUGUAACAUUCAUUUAGUGAUGUCUGUCCGUCUGUUUGUUGCGCAUUCUCGGCCAAACCGCUCGAGUGAAUUUGAUGAAAUUUGAUGAAAAGAUGAAAAAAUGAUUUCGUGACGUCUUACAUACUCUAUGUGACUUGCUAAUCUCUUCUGUACAAUGCACUGCACAACACUAUUCUACUCAACGACUCAAGUGGAUUAGACAUAAUACAAUCCAUAAUUAAUAUCAUAGUUUCUUUAUAGAUCUUUAGCAAUGACGUCGUAGCAGAAAAAUUUAAUAUCUAUUUAAAUAGUACUGUAUUUUUAUCAUAUUUACCAUUUCUAAGUUAAAUUGUUCAUUCGAUCAAGGAACAUUCUGUAAACGGCCGGAUAUUAGACUAGUCUAAUAUCCGGCCUUACAAAUCAGUCUGCGUGAAAGCCUUCCUUUACAUAAAUUAUAAUAUAUAUUGACACGAGAAUCCGGCCUGACUUAGUACUGAAAAAAAUCAUACAAAGUUCACCCAUAAUUUUUUUCCCCUUAAAGUGGACUUAUCCAAAUUUAACCUAUAAAUAUAAACUAACCGAUGAACCAUUGUUUAAUUUAAAACAUGGUGCCAAAUUCACACGAACGAUGACAAAACGAUUUGGUUCAUAUUUUUCUUUCUCAUAACAAGAUCGCGAGUGUUACGUUACAGGCGAAUGAUACAGACCAGUAGACCAUAAGUUUAUUAUUUAUGCUCAAAAUAAAAAAUUAAAUUUAUGAUUAAUGAAAAAACAAAUAACAAUACAAAAAAAAUACUAUUCCUUAUGGUUUUGCUCAAAAUUACAGCUCCACCGUUAUUUUAUUUGCACAAUAAAGUUUAAUGUUAAAACGCGUGCCAAUUAUGGAAACCUGUAUCAAUGGCGGAAAAGAUUUCGGUUAGUAUGGUUAGCAAAAACAUUAUAUUAUCUUUUUAAUUAUUGAAAUCACUAUGAAAGUGGAUUCAUAAAUAACAUUACUAAUAUUAUUUCUGUAUUAAGAUUAAUUUGAACUUGUUUUGGUGUGAAUUAUUAAUUAUAUUGCAUUGAUAUAUUAAUUACUGAUUAAUAAAAAUCAAUUUAUUUCAUUUUCCCUUAUUCAAUGAAGAUGUGUGUCCGGAAAAUAAUAUACUAUGACCUGAAAUGAACCGGCGAAUAAAAAUAAAAUGUAAUGAGAAAAAAAUUUACAAGAGAGAUUAGUCACCAUAAAUGUUUUCCUAAUGGGCACGGGUAAUUAUAUAAUUAUUAAAUGUACUGCACUGAUAUCUGUAUAAACGACUGACGCUCGCCUUCCACCUUCAUCUAGUUAUUUUAUUUUUUGUAUAUUUUUGUAUUUAAACUUACUAAUCGAGUUGUAUAUUUUAAUGUAGUUGUUUGUUUUUGAACUGUCGUGUAGUUUGUAUAAUCAAAGUAUUAAGUAUCGUGAUGUGUGCCUUAUAUUUAUAAAUAUGAUGUUUCUCUUAAACGUCCAAAGUCUAUUUCAUACUGUUAAAAAUAUUUUAAAGUAUUUU